AUGGCCGAAGUCGUGGUAUUCAAGGAGCUCUACAGCUGGCAGAGUGACCACGACCAGGCAGUGUUUGUCGACGGAGCUAACGAAGUGGUCAUAUAUCAGAGCGUCUACGACAAGAGCAUACGGGUGAUCGACUCUGCCACGGAAAACACUAUUUUUAACAAUGCUAGGUAUGAGCGUGGCCAGGCCGUUACAGUGACGCCAAAUCAGCCCCUUUGCGAAGUCAUCGCCUUCUCCGCAGACGGCCGCCUGGUCCUGUACUGGCACAACCACCCACUUGCCAUCGGCAUAGUUAACGGGUUUGACGUCGACUCUGACGACAUCCUCGUGGACUGCACUCCGUACGAGGAGACGAUCGUGCUCAACAUCUUUUGGCUGGAAGCCGGCACCAACGGCACCUACGACUUCGCUGUUGUCUGCACCACCUGCAUCGACAUUUACAGCUACAGCAGCAGCAACCAAGUCCUGCGCCGGGUGUGCAGCAAGCGCAUCAGCUGCACUGACGUUUGGAACGACGUCAGUGGGACGCACGUGAUCGUGCUGAAGAGCAACCAGGUUCUCCAGCUCUACCGGCUGAUCAACAAGGAGGUGAGAGCGGUGACCGACAUCGAACUGGCCAUUAAAAGCGAGCACAAGCUCCACAAGUCGUCGAUCAUCGUGGCCACCAUAUACAACGACACGUACUGCAUCCACAAGGACGCCAGCAGCGGCACCAUCUCGCUGAGAUCGCUGCGCAACAGCAAGGCCGUAGACAUCGUGCUCGAACUCAGCUGCCAAGGAUGGCUGGAGAUUGCCAUAUUGGACAACGUCGUCCUUGCAUUGACCGGGGGGGGCGAGACGUAUCUCUUCGACAUCGCGAUGACGGACAAAAGGUUGUUGGCGCGUGUCCCGCAGAGCAAGCCGGCGGUCGCGUCCAUGUCCAGCGACGUGCAGGCGUUCAUUCCAAACGUGGUUGUGGACUACUACGGAGGGUUCGCGUACAACAUUGCCAUCGAUCACAAUAUGCUCAUGCUGCUCCUUUCGCAGAAGUACGCCGAGCCGCUGGUGGCCGACUUCUACCAGCGCCGCAUCGGGUCGGCGCAGCGUGUGUUGGACAUCGUCAACAACGCGAUCGAAAACAAGUCGCCCAGGAUGCGCGCCAACAAGCUUUUGGUCCUGCUCUCCACCAUAGUGGCUCCGUACGCGAAGGUCCUCGUUGACUUGAACAAGCUAGGCACAAGGACGGAAAAGAACGUGGCGAUACCGUUCAAUCUCGUCGAGGAGUACAUCGGCCAGCGGUCUGUGAUCUCUGAGCACCGCUUCGCCAAGACGAUCAUCUACGCCGCCGUGGCCAAGGAGUGGAACCUCAAGCCCGGCGAGAACGUCUUCGACGCGGCGAUUGCGCUGCUGUGUCAUCACAGGCGGUUCGACCACAGCGUCCUGGUCAAUAUUCGCGAUGAACUGGAAAUCCAGCCGAACCCCGUCAACAACUUCAUCCUCAAGAGCCGGCUUAUAUCCAGCACCAAGGAAGAUAUCUCCGCCGACUUCCGCGACUACGUGACGCUGCACGGGGCUGCCAUCCCCAAUCCGCACGACCGGUCGCUGCGGAAUCGGCCCUAUAUUAUCGUGGUUACCUUGUCGUACCUCCGGGCGCUCGUCGCUCACAACCUGCAGCCCACCAACGUGCUGCAAAUACUCCUCCUGGACAUGUGCGUGCUGUACAACAACAUCGAUCUCGCGUUGCAGCUCAUCAGGUCCAAGAAUAUCCGGGAUUCCGCCUACGUGUGCUACCGCCUGCUCUACCUCUACGUGGUGCUCCGGGACCCAGCCCUGCGCCAGAUAUGCCUCGACAUGGCCAUUCGGCUGAAGCUGUACGGCAUUUGCGUCAAGAUCGCGGUGAUCGACGAGGACUACUACAGCGCGCUGGUGGUCAUGAAGGCGCACGGCGUCGCCUCGUUCCCGAUGCACCGCAUCCUCUACUGCGCCGCCAAGGACGUGGAGGCCCAGGAGCGCAAGCCGCAUCUGUGGCCGUCGAUGCUUGCGUUCAUAAAGUCCUGGGCGGAGGAGAGCGCCACUGACGGCACGUCAUGCGCGCCUCCGAAUUUACGCGGCUGCGAAAUGUGGCUGCCCAGCCUGUGA